UAGCCCGGAAGCUACCCCGUAGGAUUCGAGAAAACGAAAGUGAAAUGACUGGCCCCGCUCCACAUCAACCCGGCUCCACAUCAACCCCGCUCCACGUCUACCCGGCUCCACAUCUACCCGGCUCCACGUCUACCCGGCUCCACGUCUACCCCGCGGCAUGUUCGCUCUGCUCCUUUACAUUCUCGUCGCUGGGACAGCGCUGGCCCAGAAUGGACACACUGAUGCAAACAGAAAGUUGGAAUGCACCUUUCGAGAAGAGACGCAAAAUGAAGGGGCUCAUAUGUUGGACCACUCGACCGUCUCGAGGAAGGCGUUACUGCUCUUUGGUGGUAUCGAUACCAAUGAGAAAGCAAUUCAUUUUAAAGUAAAAGGCUCCUCUGUGGAUAUUUUCCAAUAUGUAGACGGGAAACACGAGGAAUUGGAAUGUGAAAUCAGCCGGUAUUCCACACACAACCACCAUGUUGACUGGCCCCACCAGGGUGCAGAAUCACCGGGGAGACGAUGGUUCACCAUGACUCUGAAGCACAGACACGGCAAGUUCAUCACAACCAGCUUCAUGAGAGAACUAAAGCCACCUGAUGAUGAGGCCAAGGAGCAGAUUGAAGCACAGACCGAUGAGGACACUUCACCCAUUGGAAACACGGAUACCCUCAUCAUUCAAGUGAACUAUAUUAUCCGCACACGAACUCCAUUGGUCAGAAGCAAAAUGAAGCAAGAUGUCGUCCUGGACUGCGGCUUCAAGAUUGACCACAAGAAGGACUUCUACGUUGACUGGAGGUAUCAGAACAGAGGCGUGAGGAAGAAACUGUUUAUCUACAAUGGGAAGAACCAGCAGACCGAACAGAUUGAGAAGGGAGUUGGAACAUUCUUGGAUCAGAUCGGGGACGGGAACGCAUCCAUCCGCAUAAGAAAUGUCGACAUUAGCAGUCAAGGAUCCUACACCUGCUUGGUGUAUGUCCCUCCACUCUUUGGAACACACACCAUCGAUCUGGAGAUAUGGGAGGCGCCCACAGUGUCCCUGAGCCACAGCUCGCUCUCGUUGAGGGAGGGUGACGAGCAGAAGCUGGCGUGCGGCGCGGAGCGGUACUACCCGCUGGAUGUGACGGUGCGCUGGCAGAGGCAGCAGGGUAGGGAGCACCUUCUGCCCAACUACCUGGACAACACCGUCUUAUCCCCACACCAGCCGAACAGGGAUGGCACCUUCAACAUGACCAGCUACUUCCGCUUCACCGCCUCCCUCAAUGACAACGACGUGACGUUUAUUUGUCACGUCGAACACGUCAGCUUGGAGAAGACGAUCAAACGUUACGUCCAUGUGAAAGUGCAAGCACGACCCCAGAUAUUAUUUUAUAUCUUAAUUUUAAUAUUGGUACUAUUCUUCUGCACUAUUGUGAUCAUCCUACUAAUUCACUUGAAUAAAGUUAUGGACAAAAACAAGAAGAAGCCGUACUGAUCCCAGGGAAGAGCACUUCAGGCAGGAUGCAGCUGCUGAGGUGUCCUUGGAACAUGUUCAAGUGCCUUCUCGCCAAUGAACCUCUUCAAAACCCGUGGCUGUCGGUAAAUGCAUGGAGAUUGGACACACCGGCAACCCAUAUGGACCUAUUGAGGCAAAUCACCCAGUUAUUUGUUUACCGGGGGAGGAAUAUUGACCAGAACACCAGACCCACUCAUUGGGGCUUCACAUCCACUCGACCCCCCAGUGAAAUGGAAAGUGGAGCCUCCAUUUAAAGUUCCACCCAAUGGGUGUUUAAUGAGGAUUCUUACUGACGGUGUCUUGAAGUGAACCAGAACCUACAACCUUCCGACUUUGAGGCAGCAGCUUUAGCCAUGGAGUCAUAGAGAGACGCACCGACCAAGUCCAACCCGUCCAUACCAGUUCUAUGCCAUCCCAAUUGUUGAUUGGUGGCUAGUGCAGACUUGGUGGGCCGAAGGGCCUGUUUCCAUGAUGAAUAUCUGAGCUAAAGUCUAAGGUCUUCCUGUCUUUCACUGUUAUCCUGGUUUCACAGUCCCGUAUCCCUUUGCCGUCACCUCUCCCACAGCCAACAAUGGACCAUUGUGGGCUCCACCUCUCCUUGAUCAUCGGUGCCGGGCGGCUCUGAUUUGUUCUUUUCAUGCCUUUCAUUCAUUUGUUCUUUGCUCCUUUUUCAUACCGCUCGUCUCCCUCUCCCCUGACUCUCAGUCUGAAGAAGGGUCUCGACCCGAGACGUCACCUAUUCCUUUUCUCCAGAGAUGCUGCCUGACCCGCUGAGUAAUUCCAGCAUUUUGUGUCUUAUCUUCUUGCCUUAGUUGGCUGCAGUACUUAGACCAAGGUGAGGAAAGAAAUGUGUUGCUUUUAUUGGAAUUUAAAAAAAAA